CACUGAGCCUGCGCGGCGCCUCGAGGUCGGAGCGGCGAGCGGGUCGGGUCGGAUCGGAUCGGAACCGCGAGUGCACGGAGGCCGGAGCCGCCAUGAGCGAGAUCAACGUGAAGAAACUCAAGGUGCCCGAGCUCAAGGAUGAGCUGAAGCGGCGGGGCUUGAGCGUGCAGGGCCUGAAGGCCGAGCUGCAGGAGCGGCUGCAGGCCGCCCUCGACAGCGAGGCCGAGGUGGAGAUGAUGGAGGGGGAGGGAGACGAAGGGCCGCUGGAAGCCGGGGAAAACGGCAAGGAGGAGGAGGCCGGCCACACCUCCGUCUGCCUGGACGAGCUGCCUGAGACGGUGUUGGCCGACGAUGUGGAGCAGGAGCCGCUGUUGGAGGAGGAGGAGGAGGAUGCGGCGGAGGUCGGAGACAAAGCAGAGUACGAGGGGCCUGGACCGGGAUUGAACGGCGCCCCGCGGAGCCAGCAGCAAGCUCCUAGGCCUCUGGUCGAAGUCCAGGCCUGUGGAGAGCCCAGCCCGCCACCUCCUCAGCCGCAACAACAACAGGCCGCGGCGGCCGAGACCGCCCGAGGGACGGGGGAAACCAUCGACUACGAGCUGGAGGAGGAGGGGGCCGAAAGCGCGGACUCGGAAGCCGAGCCCAAGACGGCCGAAAGCGAAAGCGGCCUAGGCGAGGAGGAGGAGGAUGAAGAAGAGGAGGCGAACGGGAUGGGGGAGGCCCAACCCCACGCGGCGCCCGCCGAGCCCCAGCAUCAGGCGGGAGACGAAACAAUGGAGCUUGGAAACAGUGCGGUCGCCGAAGCCGAGCACCGGCCAGCGGAGGGCGACGUGGCCGCCGACGUUCCCGAGGCCACCCCCCAGCAGCCCAGCAAAGACAAAGACAGCCAAGUUGAACAGGCGACUAAUAAGAGUAAAGAGCAAAAUCGCAAAGGAGUAAAGAGGCCUCAUGAAGAUCAUGGACGUGGUUACUUUGAGUAUAUUGAGGAGAACAAAUAUCGGCGGUCUAAAUCUCCCCUGCCCCCAGUGGAAGAAGAUGAGGAGGAAUUUGAUGAUACUGUAGUUGCCCUGGAUACAUAUAACUGUGAUUUGCACUUUAAGAUCAAUAGAGAUCGUUUUGGCGCAAUGCCUUUGACUAUGGAAGGUUUUGCGUACCUCUGGGCUGGUGGAAGAGCUUCUUAUGGGGUAAAUAAAGGCAAAAUCUGCUUCGAGAUGAAGGUAACUGAGAAGAUACCAGUUAAGCAUUUGCCAGCAGAUCAGGCUGACCCACAUGAGGUGAGGGUUGGCUGGUCACUGGCUUCCUACAGCAUGUUGCUUGGGGAAGAGGAGCUUUCUGUUGGAUACUCUGGAAAUGGAACAAAAUGUUCAAAUUGCAAAUCAGAAGAGUAUGGCGAAAAGUUUGGGGAAAAUGAUGUAAUUGGCUGCUUCCUGAACUUCGAUGCUGAUGAAGUAGAAGUCUCUUACUCCAAGAAUGGACAGGAUCUGGGUGUUGCGUUUAAGAUUGGAAAAGACUGUCUUGCUGAGAGAGCUUUAUUUCCACAUGUUCUCUGUCACAAUUGUGCAGUAGAGUUUAAUUUUGGACAAAUGGAGACACCAUACUUUCCUGUACCUGAAGGCUUCACUUUCAUCCAGCAAGUCCCAUUGGAGGAGCGCAUUCGAGGGCCGAAGGGACCGAAAACCAAAGGAGAAUGUGAAGUUUUGAUGAUGGUUGGCUUACCUGGGAGUGGCAAAUCAGUGUGGGUUUCAAAGCAUGCAGCAGAGUACCCAGGCAAAUACAACAUCUUGGGGACAAACAACAUCAUGGAUAUUAUGAAGGUGCUGAGCUUCAAGCGUCAGAAGACCGAUAGAGGUAAAUUAACCACAUUGAUCCAACAAGCUACGCAGUGUUUGAGCAAGUUUAUUGAGAUAGCUGCUCGCAAGAAGCGCAACUACAUUCUUGAUCAGACAAAUGUGUGUGCAGCUGCACAGAGAAGAAAGAUGUGCCUGUUCGCAGGCUUCCAGCGUAAGGCGGUUGUCAUUUGUCCAUCAGAUGAAGAAUAUAAGGAGCGUUCAAAGAAGAAAGCAGAGGAAGAGGGAAAGGAUGUCCCAGAACAUGCUGUUCUGAAAAUGAAAGGUAUCUUCGCGCUCCCUGAAGUGGGUGAUUUUCUGGAUGAGGUGAGCUACGCAGAACUGGAGAAGGAAGAUGCUCAGAAGUUGCUUGAGAAAUACAAAGAGGAAAGUAAGGCAGCCCUUCCACCAGAGAAAAAGCCCAAUACCAAUGCUGGGAAGAGAGCAAUGAAUCGGGGACGAAGUGGUCAACGAAGUGGAAUGAACCAGUACAAUAGAGGUGGUCAGAGGGGAGGACGUGGUGGAUAUCAGAACCGCGGUGGCAAUUACAGAGGAGGUUCGAACCGUGGGCAGUUUAACAGAAGAGGAGUUCAGCAGAAUCGUGGAUAUCCUCAAAACCAGCGCUUCACUCCAAUGCUUGGCUUUUCCAGGGGUGGUUUCAUUGACAGGGGCUUAUACAGUGGGAGAGGUGCAUCUUACAACCACAGGGGUCCAGCAGACAACCGAGGAGGCUAUGGACAGAAUUUCAGAGGCAGGGGAAACCGUGGCUAUAACCAAGGCUACAGGAACGAAAACUUCAACCUAGGUCAAGGCUACAAACAGAACUGGAACCGUCAGCAGCAGGCGCGACUUCAGCAGUUCUGGAGCCAGUACAGUAAUCAUUAUAACAAAGACUACUACUAGGAUCUGCAGAGAGUGAUCCAACAACUGUAACUUCAACCAAGAGAUGUCAACUUUUUUAAUCUUGAUUUUUAAACAUUCCAAAACAAAGUGCCUGCAGGUCGUAUUUGGAAGCUUUAUCAAUUAAUUGAUUUUUAAGUGUCUUUUAUUUUUUUACAUUUUAAUUGUAAUGUUUAGGUGGAAUGUGGUGAACCUCCCAAUUUCUAGAGGAUGAAAACAUUUUCAGUUUCUGCAUUUUUUCUGUAAAAUUUUAUCAAAUAAAACCCCUCUGAACUUGUG